AUGCACACGGACCUUGACAGCAACAUGGACACGGACACAGAGACCACGGCACUUUGUCCUUCCAGCAGCCGCCAGGCCUCCCCACCAGGGACACCCACACCAGAAGCAGACACCACACUUCUGAAACAGAAGCCAGAGAAACUGUUGGCAGAGUUGGACCGGAGUGGGCCACCUCCUGUCCCUGGGGCCCCCAGACGAAGAGGAAGUAUGCCUGUACCCUAUAAACACCAGCUGCGGCGGGGCCAAGCUGUCGAUGAACUUGACUGGCCACCUCAGGCCUCAUCCUCUGGCUCCUCUGACUCUGUGGGCUCAGGGGAUGCAGCCCCCACCCAAAAGGAUGGUGUCUUUAAGGUCAUGCUCGUGGGGGAGAGUGGCGUAGGCAAGAGCACCCUAGCCGGCACUUUUGGAGGUCUCCAGGGAGACAGUGCUCAUGAGAUGGAGAACUCAGAGGAUACUUAUGAGAGGCGGAUCAUAGUGGACAAAGAAGAAGUGACUUUAAUUGUUUAUGACAUCUGGGAGCAGGGCGAUGCAGGAGGAUGGCUGCAGGACCACUGCCUUCAGACGGGGGAUGCCUUCCUCAUCGUCUUCUCGGUCACAGAUCGACGAAGCUUCUCCAAAGUUCCUGAAACCCUUCUUCGGCUCCGGGCUGGAAGGCCCCACCAUGACAUACCUGUCAUCCUUGUUGGCAACAAGAGUGACCUGGCCCGCUCCAGGGAGGUGUCACUAGAGGAGGGUCGCCACCUGGCCGGGACGCUGAGCUGCAAGCACAUCGAGACGUCGGCCGCGCUGCACCACAACACUCGGGAGCUCUUCGAGGGCGCCGUGCGCCAGAUCAGGCUGCGGCGCCGGGGCCAGCGAGCCGAGCCUGGCAGCCCCGACGGCCCCGCGCCGCCCACGCGCCGCGAGAGCCUCACCAAGAAGGCUAAGCGCUUCCUCGCCAACCUGGUGCCGCGCAACGCCAAGUUCUUCAAGCAGCGCUCCAGGUCGUGUCACGACCUUUCCGUGCUCUGA